CUUAUCAGGUCUUGGCCUCACUGCGGCUGGCCUCUUUUCACCAUUGUUUUCGCUUCCGAAGGGAGACAUUCGGCGACAUUCCUUGGGAGAAGCGGAAGCUCCCAGCGUCAGGCCUCCGCGUUAGGCCGUGCUGACCUUUUGAUACAUCAAUUCCCGUUCAUUUAUUCCUGCACUCCAUUUAUUAACCAAAAUUUCUAGGCAUGGAACCCACUGAUGGGCCCUGGGCAGGAUAGAUAGAUAGUGCUUCUUCCCUGGCGCACUUUUUCGAGGGAGGGGUGUGGUGUGUGUGUGUGGCGGGGUGUGCACCUGGCUGGUGAAAAGAGGACUUCAUUUAUCCAUUAAUUCAACAAAUAUUCAGCAAAUAUUUAUUGAACAAUUGUAGUGUGCCAGGCACUGUGCUAGGCGUUGCACAGAUGAAGUUCCUGUCUUAAUGUAGGUAAUAGUCCAGAGGAACAGAUACUAAUCAAAGAAUCCAUAGAAAUGCAAAAUUAUGGUAGUGAUAAAUGUCAGGAAAAAAGGUUCACAGUUCUGAGAAGGUGUAUAAUUGGAGCAUUUGCCUCAUUGUGAGGACUCGGGAGUCAGAAUCGAGCCUUGGUUAAUAUUUUUAUCUUUAAAAAUAGCGUGUAAUAUUUAAGAAAGCCUUGUCAUGAUCAAGUUUUCAUUUUGGAAAGCGAUUCUGGCUGCAGUGUGGAGAACAAAUUAGAGCCAAAAUAGAGGACAGCUAGGAUUAGAUAAGAGUGAUGGCAGAAGAAAAAUGCAGGGAAUUCAUGGUUUAUUAAGGAGAUGAAAUCAAUAGGGCUUGAAGAUAAGGUUUGGUUGUGAGUGAGGAGUCAGCACUGUUGGGGUUUUAGAUUUCUAUUUCUCUUCAGCGGGAGAGGAAACACUGGAAAAGGACCAGACGAGGAGCUGAUGAAUUUUGAGGUGUCCUAUGGUGUACAAACUGGAUAUGGCUCUCCAAGAAACAAUUAUAAUUACAUGUGACAACUGCUAUGAUAGAGGAAGUGCAGGAUCCCAUGGGAGCACCAGGAAUUGAUGAGUGAUAGGAGGCAAAGGGCCUCCUAGAAGAGGUGGUGCUCAGAGAUAAAUAAAAAUGCUUAAUAGAUUAUUACAGAGCUUGCUCUGAGACGCUGUAUGGAUUUCUGGAAUUUUGAAAGUGACUUUCUGAGCUGGUCAGGAAGACUUUAGAGAAGUGCUAAGCCAUGAACAAUGGGGAAAAUUUACACUCAAGAUGCUAGGAGAAGUAACUACCCCAGAGAAUGGCAAGAGCAGAGAGUAAUCAGAUUGGCAGCAGGGAAGGUUUAUGUUAGGGAAACUCGGAGAAGGCCCUGGGACUUGUGUAAGGCUGUGGUUCUGCAGGCAAUUGAUUUUCUUAAUGUUUUUAAGUUUUAAACUCUUGGGUGUCUGAAGGAUGGAUUGGAAGAAGAGAAGGCAUCAGAGGAAGUCUUGGCUUGUGGAGAUGUUGAAGGAAAGUUUGAUAUGUUAUUCAAUAGAGUUCGAACAAUUCAGAAGAAAAGUGGAAACUUUGAUCUGCUGUUGUGUGUAGGAAAUUUCUUUGGCUCCAUUCCAAAUGCUGAAUGGGAGGAGUAUAAAACUGGCAUCAAGAAAGCUCCUAUUCAGACAUAUGUGCUAGGUGCCAACAACCAAGAAACAGUAAAAUAUUUCCAAGAUGCUGAUGGGUGUGAAUUAGCUGAAAACAUUACUUAUCUGGGUCGUAAAGGUGUCUUCACCGGAAGCUCGGGACUACAGAUUGUGUACCUCAGUGGGACAGAGUCCUUAAGUGAGCCAGUCCCAGGUUACAGUUUUAGUCCCAAAGAUGUGUCUUUCCUGAGGACAAUGCUGUGUUCAACAUCCCAGUUUAAGGGUGUUGAUAUCUUGCUCACAUCCCCAUGGCCCAAAUAUGUGGGGAACUUUGGGAAUUCUUCUGGAGAAGUGGAUACCAAAAAAUGUGGCUCUGCUUUGGUCUCCAGUCUUGCCACAGUCUUGAAACCAAGAUAUCAUUUUGCUGCUUUGGAAAAGACCUAUUAUGAGAGGCUUCCAUAUCGAAACCACAUCGUUCUGCAGGAAAAUGCACAACAUGCCACCAGGUUCAUAGCUCUGGCUAAUGUUGGAAAUCCAGAGAAGAAAAAGUAUCUUUAUGCAUUCAGUAUUACUCCCUUGAAACUAAUGGAUGCAGCAGAACUGGUAAAACAGCCUCCAGAUGUCACUGAAAACCCUUACAGAAAAUCUGGGAAGGAAGUAUCCAUAGGAAAGCAAAUUCCUUCCCCUGAGGAAGAGUCAGCCUGUCAAUUUUUCUUUGAUAUAAAUGAAAAGCAGGGAAGGAAGCGUUCAUCUACAGGCAGAGAUAGCAAGUCCUCUUCUCACUCAAAGCAGCCUCGCAAACCUCCUCAGCCUCCAGGACCCUGCUGGUUUUGCCUUGCCAGCCCUGAAGUGGAGAAGCAUUUGGUGGUCAACAUUGGCACACAUUGCUACCUUGCCCUGGCCAAAGGAGGCUUAUCUGAUGACCAUGUCCUUAUCCUGCCCAUUGGACACUACCAGUCAGUGGUAGAGCUUUCAGCAGAGGUGGUGGAAGAGGUGGAAAAGUAUAAGGCUACACUGAGGCAGUUCUUUAAGAGUCGAGGAAAACGGUGUGUUCUAUUUGAGAGAAAUUAUAAGAGCCAUCAUCUCCAGCUACAGGUUAUUCCUGUGCCACUCAGUCGCUGUGCUACUGAUGACAUUAAAGAUGCCUUCAUUACCCAGGCACAGGAGCAACAGAUAGAGCUACUGGAAAUCCCAGAGCACUCUGACAUCAAGCAGAUUGCACAGCCAGGAGCAGCCUAUUUUUAUGUUGAACUUGACACAGGAGAGAAACUUUUCCACAGAAUUAAAAAGAAUUUUCCUUUGCAGUUUGGAAGGGAGGUCCUGGCCAGUGAAGCCAUCCUUAAUAUUCCCGACAAGUCUGACUGGAGACAGUGUCAGAUCAGCAAGGAAGAGGAGGAGACCCUGGCUCGCCGUUUCCGGAAAGACUUUGAGCCCUUUGACUUCACUCUGGAUGACUAAGCAAAGGGAAAGGCACUUUAUAAACUUCACAGGAAGUAGUAGCAGCCUGUUUUUUAAGAAAAUACAGUCUUCCAUAGGGACUGUUUCCCUGCCUCUUUUUUUUGUGCAUUCCCACGGAACCUGUCUGAAGCAAGAGGCCUAAAAUGGAAUCUUUUUGGAAAAAGUCACAUUCUAGGAUGAAAACCCUGUAUUAAAAGCAUGUCUGUCACCCAGCUCCAAGCACAGCUUUUAUCAACCAACAUUUUCAAAAAUAUUUAAACUAUCAAAUUAAAUUCAAAUACUUUUCCAGGAACAUUUAGGAAGUGCCUUAUGUUCAUGUUACCUAUAACCACUGAAAUGAAGUAGUAUUUGUGUGUAACAGGAGCCAGGGCUUUAGGCCCAACUUUUAUCCCAGGAUCUCACAAGUGGCUUCUCCCUGAGCAACCUAGGAUGGGGAAGGGACCUAAGGCCUUUGCCAUUUUUCUUAUAGCCUUUAUUUUAUUGAUAUAAAAGAGUUCAUUCAGUCCUUCGGCAAAUACUUAACUCCUGUGUGCUAGGCAUUUUCUAUAGUCAUGUUUUUUUCCCAACAUGGUUUCUUUUGUCUCAGAGUUUACAGUCUAAUUUGGAAGAGAAGGGGCAGAUUUAAGAAAAGAUGAGUUCUGCUUUAGAUAUGUUGAGUUUUAGCGUGCUCGGAUAAUUAUAAACUCAUAGAGAUCCGGAUUUGUGAUAAGGCUUUCGGAUCAUCAAAGUAUAGGUGAAAUUAUGAGGAUGGAUAAGAAAAUAAGAAAAUGGUAGUACAGACCUACCACUCAUAGAGAUCUGGAUUUGUGAUAAGGCUUUGGGAUCAUCAGAGUAUAGGUGAAAUUAUGAGGAUGGAUAAGAAAAUAAGAAAGUGGUAGUACAGACCGAAGAUGAAGAUGACUACCUUGAAAAUAGAGUGAUCCAACAAGUAUAUGUCAAAGGAGCAGAGAGAGACAGACAUCACAGGAGAAUGCCAUAUCUUGGAGGCCAAAAGAGACUAUUUCACUUAAUCCUCAAAAUAUCAAUGAGGUAGAUAUUAUUACCUCCAUUUUAUACAUGAAACAAGACUGGCAAAUUUGAAGUUUAUGGAUCCUGAGGUCAACCAGCCCAGGAUUUUUAAUAAAAGAGCUAUGCAGCGUC